AUGGCGACACACAAAAAAAGCGGUAAAAAACCGAAGGACGGUACCCUGUCCGUGGCCGACCUCCUCGCAACGCCUAGACCGCAUGCAAUCAAAGAUGGCGGCGGCCAGAUGAGCGCGGGCUCCCCGGACUCCCCGAACACCGGAGAGCACAG